UUAUUGUUAAAAGAAAUAUAUAAAUAAAUAAAAACAAAAUAAUGAUUUGCCAAAAUUCUAGAGAUUUAAUGGUAAUAUGUGAUGUAAUACCUCAUCAAAUCCACAUACAAGUGAUGUGGGAUUCUAUUUCUAAGGCAAAGGAUCCCCAGUCCAUUGAUGGAGUGUGAUAAGUUAAAAAUAAUAAUAAUAAUAAUAAAAAUAUUUCAUUCUGUGUAAUCCCGCCAAGAUUCGUUAUCUCUCCCUCCCCAUUUUGAAAAUUUGGCUCCAUUUUCUAUGUUGACGUACUCUACAACACAUCGGAGAACCAGACGGAGAAAAUCAAACAACAGAGAUGGCCAAUGGCAACAACGCCUUUGGGAAAACCAUUUGCUCAAUCUGCUACGAAGAUCUGAAGCCUAUUGUUGAAGAUCUUCAAGCUAUCUCCAUUUGCGGUCAUGUCUUCCACGAGCUAUGCCUGCAGCAGUGGUUCGAAUACUGUUCAAACACGAAGAAAUGCACUUGUCCUGUGUGCAAGCAGAGCUGCAAGGGCAAAGAUGCAGCUCGGCUAUACUUUCAGUCAAUUGGGGAUUCUGUUGUCACACAAAGUCAGAGACCAAUCCUCGAUUCUGGAGAAGAUCCCGAGACACUGCGCAGAGAGGUGCGAAGAUUGGAAGCCAAGGUUCUAGGGCUUGAUUCGGUCUUGGAACGACUGGGGAAGGACAACAAAGAGCUAACUCAGGAGCUUUGUAUUUGUAAGGAACAAGAAAAAAAAGAAACAACAUCAAAGAAUGAGGCCUUGAAACAAAAUGCAUUACUGCAGCAACUGCUAAAUCGGAAAACUGAGGAGCUUGGUAGAUCGACUUCAGAGUGCUUAAGGUUGCAAGAAAGGAAUAUGGCUUUGGCCAAAGAACUAGCAGCAUUAAAAUUGGUUUCUGAUCUGGACCUAGACGAAGAUGAGGUCCAAAAACUUGCCUCCUUUGGUAAUGGUGGUAAUAGUCAAGAUACAAUAGACAUCCUACGAAGGUCUUUGGUGAUGCGUAACAAGACUUACAAAGAAUUGAUGACCAAGUGCAAUGUUCUUGGACGGGGGGAGUCACGAUCUAUUAAAAAACUAGAGAAGGCUAAAGGAAAGAUAGAUAAAUUGAAGGCAAGGAUAAAGGAAAUGGAGAUAGCUAUUGAAAUAAAAGAUAAUCAAGUUCUGAGGGAGUUGAAAGCUUCAAAGAAAGCUUGUUACGAAGAGGUCAUUAAAAAUGGUACCAACAGUAAAUCUGGCUCCUUAGCCAACAUUGAUGUAUUAGAAGACCAAAGUAAACAAACUUCUGCGACAACACUUAAAUUGAACCAGUUGGGAGGAGUGCAAGAUGAUUUAUUGUAUCCUAUAAAAGUACAAAACUGUGUUGCAACUAAUGAUAUUGAUGUACACAUGGCUUGUGAUAAUGACGAAGAUGAUUGCUCAGUAAUAGGUGUGAAUUUUUCGAAAUUCCUUACGCCCAUACAUGGUAGUCCAAAUCCUGAUACAAAAGAUCAAACAACUGAGGAUAUUCUUGCACCGAAGUCUACUCAGGUAAUGUCUAGUGCAACUUAUGAUGUGAAAAAGGAAGCUUCAGCGCGUGCACACAGAAACCUGGGUGGUACUACGAGUCCAAGAACUAGUGUAGAGAAUACCUCCAAGACCUUUGCUGCUGACAUUGAUGAGGAUGUGACGGUGCUUUUUGACGAUGUUCCUCAAGUCAAGCCCAUGCUUAACAUUAGAAAAGAAUCUUCAACCCCAAUAUCACACUCAAAUUCAGGAGAUGUAUGUUUCUCUGGAGGAUUGCUUGGUCCUGAUGGAACAAACAGGUACUUGGGUAAGUGGUGCAAGCGUAGCCAGAAUAAUGAAACAAGACAAGGUCAAAGCACUAGUAAUGGUGAUUUAAUUGCUGUUGGUGCUGAUGGAAGAGGCGGUAGAAUCAAAGUUCUAAGAUCUUUGAACCAAUCAUCAGCGGAUUGGAAGGCUAAUUCAGUUGGGUCAAAAAGGUGCAAAUUAGGAUCCAAGACAAAUAGUCAACAGUCCCGUGGAUGCUUGCAAAUUGAACAUUUCUUCAGUCGAGCGAAUAAUUAAUUGAUAAAUUGCUUUCGAUUUGGAAAAUAGGUUAGGAUUAGGAAUUCCUUGAUGUCAUUUUUUUUUGCCCAACAAGUAAGAACAAAGAUUCUUUUGUUAAUAGUAGUCUGGUCAUAGUUUUGAAAGAGGAACACGUGAAAGGAAGGGAAAAAAAAAUGAAAUUGGAAGUGAUGAUCAUCCAUUGAUAAUGUUAUUUAACAGCUUCGCACGACUGUUUAUUGACGUGGCUGGUUCAAAACAAAUAUGUUUUCUUCUAAUACAAGUUUUUUUUUUCUUCUUUAGCUAAAA